AUGUGGAGAGGCACGACCAGCAUGGCAGUAUUCUGUGAUCACAGAUGCCCUCAAAAGACUCUUGUUCAGCGCCUGGGGACAGCACACUUUUCAAAAGACAAUGAAGCCUAUUUCAACAAGGAGACACAGACCCCCAAAUGCCAUUCAAAAGAUGUUAGUUUCCCUGCCUUCUCUGGAGGAGCCAAAAAGUUUGAAAGGCUUAAUCAAGAAAAAGGGGUAGAGGACCAUACAUGCGCUGGGCAUUUUACACGCAUCAUGUCCCUGAAUCCUAACAGUGUCACCUCUGUAUUACACGAGGAAAAUGAGGCUUGCCCGCGGUCAGAUGGCUCUCAGCAGUGA